AUGGCAAUGGUAAACAACCAAACACUAUGUUUCACAUGCAACAAAGAAAAAAUAACAUAUUCUUGUGAAGGAUGUUCACAACGAUUUUGUUUUACUGAUUUAGCAGAACAUAAACAAAUAUUAAAUGAUGAACUAAAUCAUAUUAUUAAUGAUUAUGAUCAAUUUAAGCAAACAAUUAAUGAACAAAAACGAAAUCCACAAAAUCAUUCAUUAAUAGAACAAAUUAAUCAAUGGGAAACAAAUUCAGUUGCAAUGAUUCAACAAAAAGCAAAAGAAUGUAGAGAAAGUGUCAUUAAAUCAUCGCAAACAUUUAUUAAUGAUAUUGAAAUGAAAUUUAAUGAUUUAAGUGAACAAAUACAACUACUUCAUAAAGAAAAUGACUUUAAUGAAAUUAACUUAAACUAUUUAACUAAUCAAUUAAAAAAAAUUACAGAAGAAUUAAAUGAUCCAUCAAAGAUUUCUAUCAAACAUGGCUCACAUUCAUUUAUUAAUGAAAUUUCGAUUAUUUCGUUAAUAAAACCAAAAUUUAACAAAUGGAUACAAAAUGCAAUCACUGUGGCUGGUGGAGAAGGGAAAGGACAACAAUUAAAUCAACUCAAUAGCCCUUAUGGGAUCUUUAUUGAUAAAAAGAAAAAUAUUUUCAUUGCUGAUUGUUAUAAUAAUCGUAUUGUUGAAUGGAAAUUUAAUGCAAAAGAAGGACAAAUUAUUGCAGGUGGAAAUGGGCAAGGAAGUCGAAUGGAUCAAUUGGAUCGACCAACAGAUGUAAUUGUUGAUCAACAAAAUCAUUCGAUCAUUAUUGCUGAUUAUGGAAACAGACGAGUGAUUCAAUGGUUAAAUCAAAAGCAACAAGUUCUCAUUGACAAUAUUGACUGUGUCGGCUUGGCAAUGGAUAAAAAUAGAUUUCUUUAUGUUUCUGAUGUUGUGAAGAAUGAAGUGAGACGAUGGAAAAUGGGUGAAUACAACAAUGAAGGAAUUCUAGUGGCAGGUGGAUAUGGAAAAGGAAAUCAACUUAAUCAACUGAACUGUCCUACUUAUAUCUUUGUUGAUGAAGAUCAAUCUAUUUAUGUAACAGAUAGAGACAAUGAUCGUGUGAUGAAAUGGAGAAAAGGUGCAAAAGAAGGAACAGUUGUGGCUGGAGGAAAUGGUCAUGGAGAAAAUCCCAUUGAAUUGUACUUACCUCAGGGAUUAAUUGUUGAUGAUUUGGGUCAAAUCUAUGUGGCAGAUAAUAAUAAUCAUCGAAUAAUGCGUUGGUGUGAAGGAAAAAAAGAAGGUGAAGUUGUUGUUGGCGGAAUUAGUAAAGGAAAUCAGUUGAAUCAAUUGAAUUAUCCCACACGUUUAUCUUUUGAUGAUAAAGGAAAUCUUUAUAUUGCUGAUUAUUUUAAUCAUCGAAUUGAAAAAUUUGAAAUAGUUUUGUGA